GCCUCUCCCCCCUCCCUCUUCUGUUCGGGUCCGACCCCGACACGACCCGGAGAACCUCAGGCGCGACCCGGCUGCCGGACCUUUGCCCUCUCUUGUCGUCCGUACGCCCGCUUUGUCGUUGGCCGUUUUCACGUGCUUACAACACCACCCCCUUACUCCGCCGCCUCGAUCCGUCGUCCCCGUCACCACUCUCCUCGCACAGCUUCUUCCUCCCCCGUCAUCGCAUCCUGCCCGCGGAAUUUCGAAAUAACCGACUCGCGCGUCGCCGUUCCUCCCGAUCCCGGCAGAACGGCGCGUAAGGGUUUCCUCCACCUUUCCACGCACGGAGCGGCCCUUCUUUCUCCCCCCACCAUCUCCCGCGGCUUGAUCGGCAGCACCGGCGGACCGCCGUGGUGAACGAACACCAGUCCUGCACCAGCUCCUCCGCUCUACGACUACCACAGUCGCCCUACUCCUUCCCGACGUAGACUCGCCGCCGCGAGACACACGCGCGUUGGUUUGAAACCGGCUUGAAGGACGGCCACGACCGGCUUUUCGAGACACGCAGACGCGCAUACACGUACACGCGCAACACACGUGCGCUCCCGGUACACCCUCAGCGCCGGCCAACUGCCUGUGUGUGCAUAAAGGAAGGGAGAUCCUCGUGCAAAAGCGCGCGCGUCCAGAGAGCACGCUCUUCUUGGUCGACGUUUAGCUUCGAAGGCUUUCAAGCUUUGCCCGGCUACUACUAUUACUACCACUACCAUCGCUACUACUACUACUCCACUACUACUACUACUACGCCCAGGCUGCAGCUUCUCGAGUGCGGCGCGCUGCAAGAUCAAGAGAGGACAGAGGAAACAGAGUGAAUGAGGAGUCGAUAGACGAGAUCGACGAGCCACGUCGCGCCGCCUUACCGUACCAAGCCAAGAGUAGCGGCCGCCUAAUCGGUGUCGAUAUACAGCUUCACCUUUUUCGCUUCUCCACCCUUUUCCGGCGAGAUACCUCUCUAGCCUGUCCUCCCUCGCCUGUACACACUCGGCUUUCACGCUCUCCCGGAGAUUAUCGAGCGGGAAACGCGUGCGUCACCGUCACCGUCGCAACGGCCUACGUGAGCGUGGAAUUUCGCCAAAUCGAUUGAUCCCCGACACCGGAUCCGAUAUCAGGCGGGAGAGAAGUAACGCCGCCACAAUAAGCCGACGUUGCUGAUAAACGCGAGUCUCUCCGACGCGACUCCGAGGUGAGGAAGAACGAAGUCGCGAGACGCGUUGUGAUUAUCCACGCGGAAGAUCUACGCGCAGGAAGACAGCCGCGGGUCAUCGCGUACAUGGGACACUAAGAUCAUCGCAUCGCGCUUAAACGAGAGAUCUUCUGCCGUAAGGUAUACAAUCUCAAGUAGUUGCAUGACUCCGAGGCACUCGCGGGAUUUCGCGUACAGUGUGUGCGUGCGUGUGCCUGAGUGAGUGAGUGGUAGGAGAAGGUGCGUGUCUGUGUGUGUGAGAGAGAGAGGGGGGAGAGAAAGAGAGAGAGGAAGGGGUGAGCGAGUGGUGAGAGAGGCUGACGAGACGCGAAAGUGGUGGAACGAAAGGGUUCAGUACCGAACGUCGCGAAAUCCCGUGAACAAGUGCCGACGAGUUCGUGUCGCGAGGUGGUCGUACUCCAUAAAACCGAAACGUCUAUAUCCUUGGCAAGAUCGACGCGAGUGCACGCGACCGGGGAACGGCAGCCGAUCAUCACGAGGAAGAGUUUAGAACGGCAGACCGGGAGAGAAAAGAGGAAGAGAGAGAGAGAGAAAAGGGAGAGAUUACUACUCCCUUACGGUAGAGGCCUACGGACGGGGACUCUCGAUCUUCCAGGAGUGGAAGAAUGGCAAUGGUCAGCAUGAAUAACCUACUGAACGGCAAGGACUCGCGGUGGCUGCAACUGGAGGUUUGCAGGGAGUUCCAGCGCAACAAGUGCACCAGGCCCGACACGGAGUGCAAGUUCGCCCAUCCGCCGGCUAACGUCGAGGUGCAGAACGGACGGGUGACCGCCUGCUACGACAGUAUCAAGGGCCGGUGUAACCGAGACAAGCCACCUUGCAAGUAUUUCCAUCCCCCACAGCAUCUGAAGGACCAACUCUUGAUAAACGGGCGCAACCACUUGGCGCUGAAAAACGCGCUGAUGCAGCAGAUUCAGCAGGGCCUCACGCCGGGUCAGCCUCUUGUGCCCGGGCAGGUACCCACAGUGGAGGCACCAGCACCUCCGGCACCACACCAUCACCUUCAACAGCAAAUCCAGCAGCAACUUCUCGCUACUCACGCCUUUAUGGCGACGAAUCCGUACCUGACCGGUAUGCCGCAGGUCGCCGGCAAUACGUACAGCCCGUACUUCGCGCCCAGCCCACUAAUGCCGGCGAUAAUGGGCCCGGCGGACCCAACGGGCGUCGGCAGUCCGCUCGGCGUGGUGCCGCAGACGGUGGCGAUGCCGCAGAAGCUGCCGCGUACCGACCGCCUCGAGGUAUGUCGCGAGUUUCAACGUGGGGCGUGCAAACGCGGCGAGACGGAGUGCCGGUUUGCGCACCCCCUCGAGACGGUGCAGGCGAACGAGGACGGCUCUGUGACGGUCUGCAUGGACGCUGUCAAGGGCCGAUGCAAUCGGGACCCCUGCCGCUAUUUCCACCCCCCUCUGCACCUUCAAGCCCACAUUAAGGCCGCACAAUCUCGGGCUAGCAUUGCGACGAUGCCGACGAACGUGACGGGAAUGGGUACGUUGGCUGGCGGAGUAUCAGGAGUGCCGGCAACUGCGAUGCCCGGAGGACUUCAGAGCGCCGGUAUGGCGAGCAUCGAGCUCGGCAAGAAGCGGAUGCGCGACUCCAAUGAUGAUCUGCUAAUGGUACCACGGCUUAUGCAUGGAAUGGACAUGAAGUCUGUCGGGUCGUUCUACUACGAGAACUUUGGCUUCCCAGGAAUGGUUCCGUAUAAACGACCGGCGGCCGACAAGUCCGGCGUGCCGGUCUAUCAGCCUACCGGGACGACCUAUCAGCAGUUAAUGCAGCUGCAGCAGCCCUUCGUGCCUGUGUCAUGUGAGUACACUGGAACACCACCCCUACCCACCCAAACCUCUAACCAAUCGGUCGUGCAACCCCCGAACGUGCAAAGCAACCAUCACGCGAUGGUGGUGCAAUCCUCCUCCUCCCAGGGAGCCGCUGGCGCCACAGUCAAUAACUGCGCCGACGCCAACAAUGGCGUGCUGAUGGAUCCCUGCAACAAUCCGCCACCGCCACCUCCGACCGCUGACAAUAACAGUAACAAUAGUAACGGCAGUAACAAGCAGCCGGUCACCACGCAGAAUCACGAUGUCGAAAAUGCGCGUAACUCCCCCGAAUUGAAUCACUCGAGUCCCACGUCGCUGCAGCAGCAGCAACAGCAGCAGCAACAGCAGCAGCAGCAGCAGCAGGUGCAGGUUCAGCAACACCACCACCAGCAGCAGCAGCUUAAUCAGCUGGCGUUGCCACCUGCGAUGAGUCCGUUAACCUCGAUGGCCGGGCUGACCUCGAUGCCCGGCGUGGUGAACAUGGCCUCGAUGGCCUCCAUGGUCUCCAUGGCGAAUAUGUCGCCGAUAACGAAUAUGACCUCCAUGAGCAAUUAUAACUCCAACAUGGCGAAUCUGAACAUGCUCAACAGUCUCGGCAUGGCCUCCGGGUUAUCAGGCCAUCUCGAUCCGGCGGCUCUCGCCAAAGAGGUCGCCCAGAAAAACUACGCUAAAGCCAUCAAGCUCUCGCAAGCCUCCCAGUCUUACGGCAUCGGCCAGCUCGCCGCGCUUAAUUACACCGGCGUCGCUCUGAACAAGCAGAACCUCAUGAAUCCCGCGGCCGCCGGGAAUCCCGCGGUGGCGACAGCCGGUCUGCAAGCCACCGCGACUUCCAGACCGAUGAUCCCGAGCCUGGCCGGUAUCCCGGGCGCCCUGACCUCACCGCUGUCCGCGGGUAUCUUGGCGUACUCCAGACCGCCGCCCACAGCUACCUCCAUAAAUCCAUAUUCCCUGAUCAGGCAGCAGAUCUUGCCGAACCCAUAUGUCCAGUCCCAUAUACCGGGCGCCGCAGCCGUACAGACCUCACCUUACGUCCAGAAUCCGUAUGCCGUUCUACCUGGAGUAGCCAGCGUACCCGGGGUAGCGGCCGCCGCUGCGGCUGCGGGUGUACCGCAGAUGCCGCAGAUGGGCAAUCCGGCGACGAUAGCGGCGCAGCCGCAGGUAGGGAUCCCCGUGAGCUCCGCGGUGAUUAUGCAACCGUACAAGAAGAUGAAGACGUCGUAAGGACGCCCUUGCCUGCCGGCUCGGGAGGACUCGUCUCCUCUCACGGUGCCGCUCCUUCCUCCUCGGGCACCUUCCAUUCUCUCCCUCGCGGGAACGAGCGAACGAUUCCGCGAUAGUCGCUACGGAUGAUGAUCGCCGCUACCGAUCCGCGGUAGCCGGCAUAUUUUAGAUAAUUCUAGAGUAUCUCUUUACGAUUAGCGUUCAAUUGCGGAGACGAAUGACGGACCGUAACAAUUAUUACGCUCCGGAUAGACUUUUGCGCAAUUGUAUUUUCGUAGUUUCGUAGUUUCAGUCUCAGUAAGAUUGAUACAAACGGUUAAUCGCGUUUAGAUAUAAUAGCGUUCGUCGAAAAUACAAAGAUUAAUAAAGUACAUCAAAUCUAUAUAAAAUUGAGCUAAAUGAAUAUUUGAUAUGUUAGUUUACAAUAACUCUGUGGAAAUUAGUACUAGGAUGUUAUACUUUUCGGCAUAAAUUACAUAGUGGAGAUUAAGUGGAGAUGGUGAACUUCUUGUCAUUCGUUGUUGUUUAAUUCUUCUAUAUUUUGCUGAUAAAAAUGUUUUAAAAAGAGAGAGGGGGGAGAAAGAGAGUAUAUAAUAUAUACGUUCUUUACGCCAUGUACAAAAUAUCGAAUUGCAAUUUCUUAGCUUUAAUUUUGUUCGAUAUUAUGAAAAAAGAAAUCACGUAUUUAAAUGUUCGACUACAUCGACUACAUCGAUGGAACGAAAAAUGUAGAAAGACAAAAGUGCAGUCCUAAGAUAUUAAUCUCCAUCGCCGGUGCUCAAGAAGCGAGAAAUCGGUCUUCGUUCGCGGGAGGGACAGAAUAUCCAAUUGCGAGACGAGAGAUGCUGAUAAAAAAACAAGUUCCGAAAAUAGAUUCAUUUUCUAGUCAGACAUUGUCGGUGAACAGUGCCUUAUUGACCCAAUUCCAUUUGAAGCGUUAUAAGCGUACAACUGCAGAAGAGAAUGAUAAACGACGCGAGCAAGUAGACGGGAUUUUUUCCCCGUCGCAUUGCCCGCUCACUUAAAUGACUGAGGGAGACGUGACUACCGUUCUGAUCUUAUUUCUGUCGAAAUAAACCUGAAUUUCAUUUCGACCGGAAAUUCCGACUUGCCGGUGAAGACUGCGUUCGAGAGAAGGCGAGAGAGCUUGCGAAAACAUUGAGCGUGGCCCAAGUCACGGAUUACAUUAAUCACCUAUUUUACUAUUUGACUUUUUUUUUCCUAGAAUAAAUAGUGAUUUGCGAUAUACUUGGUAGAGAUAGUUUUCAACUUUGCCGAUAAUUAGCGUUGUUUUACCGUAGAGAACUGUUGAAAAUGUUACGUGUCGUUACGUGGCUCCGUUUUGUUCUUUUAAUAAGCUAAAUUGUAAAUAAGUCAAUUUGCGCUGUGAGUACGGCGUUGCAAUAUUUUUAUUUCGGAAUUACACAAAUUUUUGUUAUAGCCAUUCGUCCAAAUUUUAACGUAUAACGUCCGAAACAAGGAAGAUGAAAACGACGCUCGGCCUAUGUCACGUUAUGUGCGAUACUUGCCUUUAAGUCCAUAGCGUUAAUUAGCGUUCGCGGUUCGAGUUCUCGAGAUAAUUAUUAUCCAACGUUAGAUUAUUUUAUUAGAGCACGGUUUGCUUGUUUACAUAUUGUAGUAAUAUGUUAAAAAUUUUAUUUUAUUUGUUCAUCUCGGAAGGAAGUUAAAUAGUGUUAAAUAAAAAUAAGUCGCGCAAAGCACAUCGGUUUUAACAUUUUAGCGUUGCGUAGUGCAUUCAGAGAACUGUUUUCUUCGUUAUCACAUGAUAGAUUUUGGAUUAUAUACGAGGCUCAUGCGUGAUAUUUGUUAAUAUUUAAAGAAAAUUGUUUAAAAAUCUUUUUAUCGACCUGAUCUUUUCUUUUGAGUUAGCUGUAAGAUUAUACAUUGUAUCUACAUAUGGCGACAUAUAUUUCCUAAAAACACCUUGCACAUCGACGAGUAUCUAUAAAUUCGACUGGAAGAUGCUACGCUUCCGGUAGGCCCUUACAAUUAGUUGUCAUGUAACAUGCGUAGAAUUUAGAAUAGUUAUUUGUUUUAUACUUAGCGUAUCUAUAUCUUUAGCGUAAGCGUGCUCGAACACAACGUACUCUUCUGUCCUUACGGAUUCAAUUCGGGGGAGUCUGUUGCACACAGUGAACUUGGUCAAUUGCGACCUACGAGCUUAUGCAUUUAGCCGAAUGAGACAAGUACGGAAAACUAUUGGAGAACAAGAAGGAGGAACAGAGUGAGAUAGAGAGAGAGAAAGGAUCCGCGGGAUACGCGGAUGUCUUUAUUGGAGGAAGAGAGAGGAGGGAGAGUAAAAAAAAGGUCGGUCCAACCUUGAAGGCGGUGAGACGGCAAGAGAGAACGUCUCGUCGAUUGCCCCUCGAGGGUGGAAAGAAAACGAGUUCACAUGCGCAUCGUGGUACACGACCGCACAAACAUUACACUUAAGACACUCACACGACUUACAUAAUAGACACACUACGUAUAUUUUUAUUAAUUCGCGCGUAUAAUGGUAAGAGAGAAAAGCGGUCGCGCGGUGUCGGCUGCGAGAGCGCAGCUCAUAAAUGCGAGGAAAUUCGAGGGAAACGUAUACGCACUGGCGUCCACUUUCCUCUCUUCCGCAUGUCCGCGUUCACGUGUCUGCCAGUGAUUUGAAAGUUUGUUUAAGUCCAGAUGUAUAGUUAUAAACAUAUAUGCAUACAUGCACAAGCAUAUGUAUAUAUGCGUUUGUAAAUAAUUUCUUUUUAUAUACAGGACGAAAUGACAAGAUAUUUGUCGUAUGUGUUAAAGUUAUAUGUGCAUAUAUAUAAUUAAUAAUGUUUGUGUACAUAUAUAAUUUAUUUUAAUAUAUGUCUAAUACACAUAUAUGAAUAUAUAAUAUAUGAAUAUAUGAUAUAUCUCUUACGCGAUAUCAUACAUAUUAAAUGUAAUUAUAUAUAUACACAUACAUAAGAGCACACUCGCUGGCACGUAUGGUGGAGAAGAAACGAAACGGCCGGUCGUAUCAUAAUUUUCACGCGAAAGAAAAGAACAACCGAGCGAAAGAAUUGUACGACGGUAGGAAUUUGUGUACACGAAAACGCGGAAGAACAGAGCGAGGCGAGGUAUUUCCGUGAAUCCCGGCACGUAUGCAAGUGAAAUGUACUUUUAUCGUCCCGUGUGUUGCGAAAAGUUCGCGAUAUACUUAUCUUAAAUUUCUUUCCCGUAAAAGUUUAGUUUUAAUCCUGGCCCUGGUCGUGACGUGGCAAAUUGCAAUUGCUAAGAAAUUUAUUCGGAUCACAACACCGUAUCUCUCUGCUCUUGGCCCAAGAGCUCGAGAUGUGGAAAUGAUUGGAGAUUGAGAGCGCAUUUUCCUCACAAUUCCUUCGGUUCUUCCGCGGUAUUAGAAACAACUUCUUCCAAAGGGUCAUAAAAUGUCACCUAUGCCGAAAACGCACAAGAUUGUAGAACGAGAUUGUCUUACGAUUCUAGACUAGCGAUCUUUUAACAAUAACGAAUCGCAGACCAAUUUAUGGAUAAUUAAAACCAUAAAUUGACAUAGACGGCACGUAAUUUGUGAAAAGCAACACACAUACAUCAUUCUUAUAGAUUUCGGAGAAAGUCUCUCGUUUGCCUACAUAUUUAACAAGUCGUUGCUUAUCUUGAAAUUUUUUUGACUUUACACAUAAUUGUAUAAAUGAUGGACAUGUAAUUUGAAGAUAUUCGAAUAUCUUAUUUCUAUAUGAAUCACUUCGUAAUAGAUAUCUUCCAUGGUUUGAUAUUUUUUAAACGCUCGUAACUUGUACAUUUCUAAUCGACGAAUUAUUCUAUAAUUAACGUUUGCAACGUCGAAUUUUAUUCGCUCCGAGAAAUGAAUUUUUCUCGCAAGUCAGGGGCGUGGUCGGUAACAUCGGAGUCAGAAUCGAGAAUUGUCAAGGGUUAUCAUGGGGUCUUCCAUAACAAAACGCCACGCGAGGAAGCUCUGCGAGGCCAACGCCGUUUUGUACUCGUGACCAAGGGGAUUUAUCGAGACGCCUGUCCCAGAGGGAAGAAAUUGUUUCUAUCCUUACGAUAAACGCGCGUGCGGCGGUCCUAUGUGAUAAAUAAAUUAUGUAUUACACUCAUACGUACACACGUACACGCACACACUGUUCUCGCAUGCGCGUGGCACUGGAGUUACGUAGUAAGAUUUAGCCCUUUCGGUGCCUUGUAUGGCGUCAACUUGGGACUCACGAUCAGUACUUAUGAUGCCGCCGCGUCACGGUAUCAUGACGUGACGUCAUCGGCGCUGAAGGGCCUCGAGAAGAUGACGAUAUAACACGUUAAUCCAUAAGCAAAGUCCUAACGGCCUUGGACGAGCCGAGGAUUCGGCGGUGACGCGCGAUGAAGUUCCGUAUUCGACUUAACGACAACUCUAUAAGGUACAAGGAUAGUGAGAGUCGAUAGGAUCGAGCCUCAGUAAUACCGACUACGGAGACCGACACUUUUAGGGUUCCUGAAAACUUGAAUGUCUACAAAUUAUAUACGUACAUUAUUCGAGAGGGUGGCUGGUUUUUUUCACGUUCACACCGAAAACGCGGAAUCGCGCUGCGGUCGGCCGGUCGCCGCAUCGCCGUUGUUGCAUCACAUGUAGCAAAGCGUUUCCUUCGAACUGUGAUUGUUUUAUCACAGCGCUACCUACGUACUUCCACGAGAGGAAUGUUCAUUAUAUUUUACUAGACGCGAGAGUGUAUUCUUUUAAAGGACUAAGUGUAUUAGUGAUAGGGUGUCUUGUGCGCGCGACGACACGCUGGAGGAGCGAGAGGCGCGAUCCCGUGUUCUCGGUGUGACAUCGGCAAAACAGCGGAAGUGCCUUCCCCUUGCACUCAAUACACCAUUGCACACAGAGAACACGUAUACAACAAAUGCCUACAUUAUUUAGACACGCGACGCAGAAGCGAAGCGCUACGAUAAAGACGAAGAGGAAGAAAAAAAAGAAACUUACACGAUAUAUAAUUAUAUUUAUAUACCCUUAUUAAGAUAAAUCACAUACACACACAGAGACACGUACAUAUUGUCGUUGUUGCAUAUAAAUUAACGCGAUGCAACGAAAGGAGGGAAGGAGGGACACUUUCCACAAGGUAACUAAUUACACUUACAGCAAAUUAUUUUGUGGACUAUGUAUCUGUAUAUAUACAUGACCACACAUACACACACUCAGACAAAACACACACAGACAUGUUCGAAUACACUAUUAUGAUGAGAAAGAGAGAAACGUUUUACGACUAUAACUAUACACGCAUCAAAUAGUAUUUAUUAUUGUGUACUGUACUGUCUCUUAUAAUUCUUCUCAUUGUACAUUAUUAUACAUAUACGUAUGUAAACAUAUAUACACACACACACAUACGCAAGAGCUCACACGUAUGUAAUAUCGAUAUUGUCGAGAGUACAUUACGCACGAUCUCGGGAAUGUAGAUUGCAAAGGUCCGCGCGCAGCAUCUUCGACAAUUGUAACAAUUGCGCGAGCGCGCAGGCACCACCUUGAGUCUCUGUCCGAAUUUCUUUACGUUCGUAACUUCACCAUCGUAUUGUGUGUGUACUCGCGCGUUUAUGUGUGUGCGCGCCGAUGCGAUUUCGGGAUUAAUUCUUUAAAAAAGAAAACCCAUCGUCCUCGCGCGAGGCACGGCGAAAAGUGAUGAGACGCGACAGCUUGCGCCGACUCGAGAUAGAGAGAUGUAGCCGAUCUCGUCGGUCUCGAAUUGCGUUUUUUUGCGCGUGCACGCUCACGGGGUUUGUCAAGGAGUCAGCCAGUAUUUGUAAUAAUAAUGCUUGAGAAAUGCAUGAAUAUUUGUUUUAUUAA